GAUUUUUAUUUGACCACGGAACAUUCGCACAGUGCUUGAACAAUUCGAAACUCGAGAAGAAUUAACAAAAAAGAAAAGUAAUGUCCUCAAGGCGGUCUCGUCGUCUUCAUUGAGGUUUCAAGUCAAAGCGGGCCCCCUUGUGAUUGGUCAUCACGAAGUCCAAACAUCUUUCUUAAAACACACCUCGCACAGUCUCUCCCUGAGCCACCAAGAUCAAAGCACAACUUCAGACUCAUUCAAAAUGUCGACCCUCGAGAUGGUUUCCCUUCAUUUUCAUUAUCGAAUAUCGCCUUACAAAUUGCAAGCAAAAUGCAGCUUCCAAAUGGUGUCAAUCGCAAAUAUGCCAUCUUAGCAGGCUUCGCUCUAGGAUUGGCCUGGCUUUGGUUUGCGUUUGACCGUCCUCAAGUUAUACCUACACAUAUCAUCUGGAAUGCCAACUCGGGCGGCCCGCAAACAAACAUACCUGCUUCCACCUUAGACCAAAAGGAUGUAUUCGAUUUCCCGCACGUCAAUUCCGAGGUUAUGAGAGCAGUUUGUGCGACACAAACGUGGAACUCGAGCGUCAUAUUUACAUGCGAUAGCAAUCAAGGAGGAGUUGGACAUGUGCGAAACUCUAUACUUAAUUGCGUGCGAUACGCUAUUGGUGCAGGUGGUAGCUUGGUUAUGCCAAAUAUCAAGCUGAGGGAGGAUAUUCAGGAAUUAAACAUGAUGCCAAGUGAGGAAGGGGAGAAAUCUCACAUGGGCAAACGGCAUGGGCUUGGCUGGAAGGGCCUGGAUUACAUGUUUGAUGCGGAUCAUUUCAAAAAAUCUUUGAAGAUGUCAUGUCCCGAAUUGAAUGUUAUCGACCAUAUGGAACAAACUGUUAAUGAGAGAAGACGCGGACUUCUGCCCGAGAGCUUAUUUAUCAAUCGACCAACAAGUGGAUUGGAACAUCCAGAGGAAUGGCAGGAAAAGUUACAUGAUUGGAUCGAGAAAUGGAUGUCACCAACACCACAAUCGAUACCAAUAGUUGUGGACCUGGAACAAUCAAAUCUCCAAUACCCAACUCAUGCCGAUGGUCAUGUCUUCGCUCAUGAGUUUGGACAAAUAAUGAAAUUCCGACCAGAUGUUCGUCGCCUCGCAACCUCGACUCUACGCGAAAUUUCAAACUGGUACGAUGUACCACUUAAUGUCAGCUCCGCAAUUGUUACCCCUUCAUUCUUAGGCGUACAUUUGAAGACUGAGCCGGAGGGGGCUGAGAAGCGACAUGUUGCUGCUGCUCCAUUUAUGCACUACCACGGUCAAGCCGAAGCAUACAUUUCACUGGCUAAGUCGAUGAAAACGCCACUCAUAUACGCUGCCUCUGGUGAUAUUGAUUCUACUCACAAAUUGGCAGUGGAGGCUAAAACUCAUGGCAUUGAUGUCACCCACAAAGAGGAUCUCCUGAAGAAUCACGAGCGAGAAGAGCUAUCUCAUUUGAGAUGGGAUCAGAGAGCUUUAAUUGAUUACCUUGUAGUCUUACGGGGAGAAUAUUUCGCCGGUGUGGGCCAUUCAAUGUUCUCAUGGAAUGUAAUGUUGAAGAGACAUGAGUCCGCACUGUUGAAGCAAAAGUUGCACGACGAAACUUAUGCUGAUGAUCUGAGUAGUCUCUAUGGUGUUAGAGAGAGUUAUUUGGACUCGGCAAAGUGUAUGUGGGCUUAAUUUUAUUUGAAUGAUUUGCGUUGGAGUACAGGAUGUUUUGGAAUAUAUUGCUUGGAUAAGCAAUGGGGUAUAUAUACAGAGCUUGCUGGGCUAGCUACUGUUGUAGGUUGAGACAGAAUUUAAUACAUUAUCACAUUUAUUUCUACAAGUUACGUAUCUUCUACGUACUUCAGGUUUCCAUCAUCAACAUCAUCGCAUUUUCCGAACGCAGGUUCCAUUCUAUUGUUCAAGAAAUAUUAUAUGUUCGA